ACUGCGGUACGAUGCGGCGACGCACUGUGCCCCGCCGCGGAGGAUGAGAUGAUGCGCAAUGGCCGCACGAGUGCGGAGAGGGGAGCGGAGGGAGCAGAGACCGAAGUAGGAUUCCACCGCGGUGCUCGACUCUAAUACCGAGGAAGGGGACAGGAGCCGAUGCGUGUUUGACUCAUUUGUACUCCCCGAAGCGCCAGUGGUGCAGGCCGCCUGGAUGGACGAUGGGUGGCUGAUCUCAGUGAAGGACGCUCCACGGCGCGAGGAGGGGAGGAAUAGGACCUGUCUGCAAACAGCGACGAAUCAGCGACAUAUUAUGUAAAGGACGCUUCUUUCCAAACCCGAACCAGAAACACCGAAGCGUCGAGGAAGGUUGUUUUAUGACGGCGAGGACGGUGAAGCUCUGAUGACCGUUUUACUGAACAUCAAUCCUGAGAAUCAAACUUCUUAUUAUCCUCUUGGUUAUCAGAGCUGACGGCUGGAUGGCUGACCUGGGCAAGGUUGUUUUUUUUCGCCAGAAGACUCUCAAAGUUAGAGAGCGUUAAAGUGAAAACAGAAGCACAACUCUAUCUUGCAGUCAGGAAAAGGGUUCUUUUUUCCUUUUUUAUUGUCCCAAAACUCAGUUAUUGACAGAAGGUCGUUCUGUUAAAAGACUGGCGAGAUUCAGCUCUCUCUUGCACUGUCAAGUAAACUAAUCAGUAAGAAUUACUCAAAAGAAUUUCAGCUAUUUCGUAAUGCUUAGCUACUUUUUUCUAAACUAUGAUAUUUUUACCUUUGCGCUGUCACAGAAUCAAAAAUAGACUCUUGACAGUGCCAGCGUUCGCUCACAAAAUAGAAGACCCAACAGGCUAAAUCUUAACAAAGCAUAAGUGCGGACUAACCGAUAGAACAUAGAUGAGGCCAACAACGAGCAGCAUGCUCCAGCAGAACAACAACAACAACUACCCCUGCCUGAAUGUGUCGGCCUCCACCAGGGAGAUGCUGCAGAAGUGCUCCCGAGCCUCUUUGCCCUUCCCCAGCCGAAUGGAGCUGGGCCUUGGAGAUCUGCCGCUAAUCCGGGGCCUCCGAGCCUGGGCCCUGUGCUCCAAGAACCGCCGGAAGGCUGGUGGUCUCCUGAGUGGGGGACAAGCGCCCAUAACUUCUCCUGCGGGCCGUGGAGGUUCGACCUCCUGCACCCGGCCUGCGGAUGUGUACCUUAACAGGGAGUGGGGUUGCAUGGGGUACGGCCUUCCAUUGGGGCUGGAUGCCAGGCAGGCUGGGAUCGGAUCUUUGGUCACAGUUGCCACUCUGAAGACCUCCGAGGGCAGCGGGAAGACACAGACCCAAUGCCUCUUCCUCCGGACUGAGAAAGGGAGCUUUUUGUACUCCACGGCGAAGCCUGGGUCCGCUGUGACUGCCGGCGCAGCCUCCAGCGUGGUGGGGGGAUGGCUGAGGGGGAAGACAGGAGGAGGCAGAGACAUCCCAGCCGGGAGGAGGGACCACGGACUGACUCCGCCGGCCCAUAACGGAGUAAACCGGGUGAGGGUGCGAUCCGGCCGGAGAUGGAGGAAGUCCAGCAAUCCAGCAGCCCGGGAGAAAACAGACGUGAACAGAAAGAGGCAGCAGGGUGUCAGGGAGGAUCCUGCUGCAGAAUUCACUCUGGAAGAAAGGCAGGAAGAGCGAGACAAAGGGGGCCUGGCCGGUAAACACUCUCCCAGAGGAGAGAAAGAGGAAGCGUGCAAAAGUCCAAGAUGCUGCCACAGUGCUGCUCCCAAAAGCUGUACUCAGUGUGGAAAAAGAGCACCGAGGAAGGAAAGCCAGGAUGAAUGCGAUGGAGGGGAGAGUCCUACAAGAGGAGCCUCAAACGGUGAGGGGAAAGGAAUGAGGAAGCAGAGGCAAAAGGAGGAGGAGGAGGAGGAGGAGAAGGGAGGCAAGUUAAAGUCACCCAACUCACAGUUGGCUGAACCAAACCGUGACCUAGAAGCUGAACCCUUUCUUCCAGAAUCCCACAGCGGCCGUGGCGCUGAAGAGAUUAAAAAAGCCGAGAGCAACGAGGAGCAGAGGACGCAAACCUCUCGAGGAAAGGAUAAUUAUUCAGAGAAAGAGCAGGAUACAAAAUCUGAGGUUCUGAAAAUGCUUACUGGAAAUAAUGAUUUGAUUCAUGGCCACUCUAGACAGGUGGCUGAUGACUUUGACUUUUCCUCAUAAUGUGGAAGCAGAUCAAGAAUCAAUGAAAGAGCUGAAGAACGUUGAUCAUGAAGACGAGGAAGGAAGGAUAAAUCAGACUUCGGCUGAACUCUCUGUCACGACUGCCCGGUAUGAGCCCGUCCCCGUCUCCGCCUGCGCUUCCUCCAUAAGCACUUUAGUUUCCCUUGAAACUACAGUGCAGAGAAACUACAGUGAAGAGCCAACGAUCGUUGGUACAGACAAUGUAGUUGUCAGCAGACUUGAGCAACAAGAAGUGACCCUUGUGGCUGACGAGAACAACACUGUGAACGACAGCACAAGCGGAAAAGCCCAGUCUUUCAUCCAAAAUGUGUUGAACGGCAGUCAGCCAGAGGAGAGAGAAGCUUCAUCAUUGCCCCAAAUACGCGGAGAUCCUUCCCUCUUUGAUAAAGAGCCGAGGAGCGUGACAGGAAACAGGUGCAACUAUUGUACAACUGGACUUACCAGAGCAGAGCGGAGGGAAGAGCUGGCGCAGGAAGCAAACGUGGAAGCGAAUGUGCCGGAGAGAGUAAAUCCUGACAAUGGAGUUGAAGCUGGAGCGAUUUGGCGGAGGGGGGGCAUUUGCAGCGAGCUGGACGACGGUGACGGAAAAGGCGAUGGCAGCAUGGCCAGAAAUGACAGUCAUAGACGAGGGUCAAUGUCAAACUGUGCAGGGGAAGACAAAUGUAGGUCAGUGGAGUUAGUAGAUGAUCGCAGGGGGCGGCAGAAAGAGGUCAGAGGCCGCUGCGAACAGACAUGCAUCAACCACGUUGAAGCAAACGAAGAGGCGAGAGCGAACGUCACUAAUGCCGCCUGUGCCGAUCCCUCCACCACUCUUGCACCCUCCCUGGCUAAUCCUGCCCCCACUUUGCCCCCCUUGGGAUCCAUGGCAACCUGCCUGCCCUGUCUGGAGGCGGUGGAGGAGGAAGAAGAGGAGGAAAAGGGGAAGGAAGGGUUGGGAGUGCCGGUCCGAGACCAAGAAGGAGGCCAUGAAGGCAACGGGAGAUUAGGGGGACGACUGGAGGAGCAGGGCGAGGAGAGGGGCUCCACCGUGGCCACUGAGGAGGAGAGGGACGAGGAAGAUGAGUUUGGAGUGUUCCUGCAGGCGGAGGGAGAGCCGGCCUGGAGUGACGAACACGCCACGUCUGCCUCAGUGCCUCGUGGGAGCCGAGAACGUGUUGCACUUGGAAACCACUGGACGCCGGGCUGGACGGACAGCUCUUUCCACCAAUCGGACGACACCUGGACAGCCUUUUCUCAGGAUUCGUCAGGUGAAGGUAGCGAUGGGGUGGCACAAUGGUGGCCAAGCAGCGCCCUGGAAAAGAGCAGACUCUCGGCCAACCAGAAUCUGGAGUCUGUUUUUGGUGAAGCCUUCCCCUCGCCGCCUUGUCCGUCCUCAGAUGACCCCUGUGACCUACAUACUGUCCCCACGCUGUCCCAGCUCUUUAGGGCACGAGCCAGCCAUGACCUGGGGCUGUUGGACGGUUUCCACGACUUGAACAAAAUGAUUUGCCAGAGAUACAGGAGAGCGAGCGGCGUGUCUCGUGACCUGCUGCUGAGGUCUCUACACCUGGAGCCGCCGUGCUCUGAAAGCAGAACUGCAUCCCGGGCCGCCAAUCGCCACCUCUCCCCCGGCCUCCCCUCAGCCAAUCGGCACGCUCAGAAUGCCGCAGCUAAGCGACGGCUGUCCUACGACUUCAACAAAAACGUCACGGAGUAACAGGCUCAGCUAUGGCUGGACUGUGAUUCAUCCAUGUUUCCCCGAAGAGCUGCAGGGUUUUUAACCCCGUCGUGUCGGACCACAUGUCAUGUAGACAACACGUACUAUCUGCUAGUCAAAUAUCGACUGACCUUUUGACUCUUUGCACUCUCCCUGUUUGUUUAAACCUGAGCCAGUGAGUAGAAACAACCUGGAGGAAAACUGAGCAACUCUUUGGUAUCAGAAGUUGUCUCCUCUGGAUCCCGUUGAUGUAUACUGGUGGAGUGUUUCCAUUAUGUGCCACUGUGUUCACCACCACCAACACCACCACCUUUCUAGUCUCAUUUUCCACGUCGAGCUUGAUUACAGCCGGCUGUCAAAGAUUGUUUGUGUCAUGACAUGUAGCUACGAGGUUGUAACUAUGUCAACUAACUAAUUUAUAAUCAACCUGGGGUUUUCCCCUCCUGUUCACUUAUUACCUGAAGUUGUACCUUAACAGAACAAUUCUAUCUGUGUCAAAGCUGCUGUUUUGUGUGGGACUUGUCUCAUGUUAGAACUAGGGAAGUACCCUUUUGGGUUGUCCCUGUUUAGGUGUUGGCUCAUUGCUUGUAUCCAGGUCUGGUAAGUGCUGCGGGCAAGUGAAGAAGAGUAUGUUUGUGAGCUUAGUACAUCCAGCGUCCGGCAGCAUGACUGAGCUCCGGUCAGCGGGCCUGUUGGUGACAUGCCAACGCCUGCAGAGCCCUGAAGCUCCUCCGCCGCUGCUGCAGAGCAUUUAUUUAAUUUUUUCAAGAUCUGGGUGUUCGAAAUUGCUACAAAGUCAACACGUUACUCUAUGGGGACCCCAGAAAACCCCACCAAGUGUAAAGUAGAUCAGAGUGAGUCUUCCCUAGAAAUGCGAAGGUCACACAGACAGAUUUCUUGCCUCAUGGUCGGAUUAAAUCUCAGUGGGUUGAGCCAAACCAAAAUAUUGACUUGAAUGAAUGAUUCAAGUAAAUCGUUUGCUUUCUAUCUUAUCUGUAUUGGUUUCAUCAAACAUUUUAUACCCGUUUCUCCUUCACUUUUUAUCUUACCUUCUGCUAAACAUGAUCCAGAACAUGAGUUUUCUCAACUCAAUGAGAUUUAUUCUUCUCCUUGAGCAGCUCUACCUUUUUUGAGCUACUCUGUAUUUUAAAGUCUAAUACAAGGCCACUUCCUGUAAAAACUAAAUUUACAGUAAUAGUUUCAAAUACAGAAAAAGAAAUGCUCCACCGGUUUAGUUUUUUCCGCAAAAAGAAAACUGCCUUUUGCUUACACUCAACUCUGUCUUUCACCUCAUAACCGCAAGAACACGUAACAUGUCAACUCCGAAGAGAAACCCACCGUACAACACGUCUCCACCAAUAAUGUCAGCUGCAUGUCAAGGCUCACCCCCGCCCCUUUCCUGCUUUUGAAUGAUAGAAGGUACACGAGUCAUGUGAUCCAUCUGCAGGGUAUUGCUUUUACUUUCAGGAGGCUGAAAAUGCAUCUCACAUCUUUUUCUUUUACAUUUUGCAGAGCGUUGCAUGUGCUGUUUUAUUGGGACUUUGCCACAGAAUAGCGACGGAAAUGAGUCCUUAAAAAAAUGAUUUGGGUCCUCCGAGAAAUAAGUUUGUCUUCCAGUUAGUGCCAACAGGAACGCUGAUGAAAGUGCCAAUGUUUACGAGGACCGAAGCAGACCGGUUCAGGAGGAAACGUCGCCGCUUGUUUCUCAAACACGAUCAAGUGGACUCAAACUCCAAAUUUUGACACGCGAUAUUUCUAUAUUUUCCUUUGUCUUUCAGUGCGGCUUUCCUCUCUUUCAGUACACUCACAGUUGAGUCCACUUGAAAAGUUGAAUCUAUGUUUUCUUUGUGAGAACAUUGUUCACAUUAUGACUGUCAAUGAUGCACUGUACAAUUUGAACUUAGACAGGCUGAUACAUCCUGUCAACUCAGAGAGUGUACUUUGCUCUGCUGUGUAUUUCACUUCAUGAUGAUGUUCUCAAUCAGUCAUGUGCGUGUGAGUGUGUGUGUCUCUGCCAUUUGUACAAACUACAAAUUGCUGAGAAAGAACAAUAUGAAUAUUUUCUGAUCCGUUCAAAUGAGAAAGAAGGAGUUGCCUUGGUAACCGACGUAAUAAAACGAUACUGUGUGA